GGACGUGUCUCAUUUUGACUCUGCCCCGCUUACAUCACCUUCUUGCCUCAAAUCCCUGAACUCUUCGUGCCAUGGGUCGCGUACUUCUGAAGGUCAUCAUUCUCGGCGAUAGUGGGGUCGGGAAGACCUCACUCAUGAACCAAUACGUGAACAAGCGGUUCAGCAAUCAGUACAAGGCGACCAUCGGUGCAGAUUUCUUGACGAAGGAAGUUAUGGUGGACGAUCGACUGGUGACAAUGCAGCUAUGGGAUACCGCCGGUCAGGAACGGUUCCAAUCGCUCGGCGUCGCGUUCUACCGUGGUGCAGACUGCUGCGUUCUUGUGUACGAUGUGAACAGCGCAAAAUCUUUCGAGACUUUGGAUAGCUGGCGCGACGAAUUUCUCAUUCAAGCAAGCCCGCAUGACCCGGAGAAUUUCCCAUUCGUCGUUCUCGGUAAUAAGAUUGAUAUGGAGGAGAACAAGCGCCAGGUAACGCAGAAGCGUGCGAUGGCCUGGUGUCAAUCGAAAGGCAAUAUCCCUUACUUCGAGACGUCGGCGAAGGAGGCUAUCAACGUCGAGCAGGCCUUCCAAACCGUUGCGAAGAACGCUCUUCAACAAGAGGCCGAAGAGCAACUAUAUGUAGAUUACCCGGAUCCUAUCAGGAUUGACUCCGAGAGUACACGAAGCUUUGGCUGCUGCUCUUGAACGGUGCACAUCACGGACGCGUACAACACCCUCACGCUCUCAUGACCUACGGUUACCCAUGUUACACAUUGCACACCCACCGCUGCCCUUCCUUCUGUUGUCCAUACUAAUUUACAUGUUAUGAUGAUCGCUUUCCUCCUGUGCACCCUUGUAUUUCAUAUACGCAGCUGCUAUUGUCCGUUGUCACGAUGAUGGAAUAUAGCAUAGUACAUUUCUUGUCGAUAUUUCUCUUGAGUGCG